UAGCAGAGUUGCGCCCUCUAUCUAUUUCGUGUCAAAAUAAUAAACUGCAUCAAUUAAACGUGAUUUACGUACAAAAAUAAUUUUGUCCAAUUUUUUAAUGCAAAUGCAUCACUGUGUGUCUCCUCUACAUCCGUUCUUUUCUUAAUCAACUACGUCAAGCUUUAGAACCAGUAGUCUCACUAUUGUAUUUAGUUGAUCCAUGGUUGAUGUCUAUUUCGUUUCAUUCUACCUAAUUCGACCGGCGAUUUCGCUCGAAGGAGCAGUUAUGGAUUCUGCUUGUCAAAAUUCAGAUUUUAGCACUAAAUAUUUGCUUGGUCAGUUAAAUAUAGCCAGAAAAGAAAUUAAUAAUUUAAGACAACAAAUAAAGAGUCUUCGAUAUAUACAUGAAAAAGAUGUUGACAGCAUAAAGCGUCUUUUGGAAUCAUUCAGAAAUAGACCAUCUAUGCCUGACGCAAAAGUUAUAGGUCCAGAUGAUGUCAAACCUAGCACUAGUACAGAUGAUGAUACCAUAAAAUUAAAACCAAUUGGAGUAAUAUCUACUUGGUUUCCUAGUAAACGUGGUACACCUAGACAAACUGGAGUCUGUGGAAAAGUACCAGGAAAAUUGUUAUUAUAUAAUUCAAUAUUUACUAAUCCUGAUCAUGCACUUGAAGGAUUACAAGAUUUUUCACAUAUGUGGGUUCUAUUCUACUUUCAUAGGAAUGAUUCAACACAUGUUCGUGCCAAAGUUGCACCACCAAGAUUAAAUGGUACAAAAACAGGUGUAUUUUCUACACGUUCUCCACACCGUCCAUGUCCAAUAGGUUUGAGUUUAGUAAAAAUUACAACAAUAGAAAAUCAUACAAUUUAUUUUGAAGGUGUAGACAUGGUUGAUCAAUCACCUGUACUAGAUAUAAAACCUUAUAUACCACAAUAUGAUAGUCCUAUAUAUUUUGAGAAAUUAAGUAACAGAUCACAAGAAUCUAAUGUAGAUGAUGCAUUUGAGUGCAUAGAAGAAACUGCCAGAAAUCAAACAUGUGACACAUUCAGUACUAAUGUUAGUCUUGGGGAUGAAACAAGAAGUUUACUUUCGGAAUCUUAUUAUAGAAAAGUUAUUAAUAAAACAAAUCAAGAGACAGAUGUUUCUAGAGACGAAGAAAUUGCUUUAAGGUUACAAGCUGAAGAGUUCCAAAGAAAUUCAAACUUUGAAAGUUAUUCCAGUAUGAGACAUUUUUCUGAAUUAAAUGAUAUCAGUUUGCACAAUAAUAGUGCACUACAACAUAGCAUAGAUGUAACCGAUAUACAUAGAACUGCUCAUACAUUUUCCGACACUUUGUCUGAUCCACGGACAAGUUUGAAUAUAAUAGGACAUAACGUACUUUCGUCCAACGUGGAACAACCAGAAAGUUUAGUAGAUAUAAAUAAUAGAUUACAAAAUAUUAACGUAAAUGGUCGUACUAACAUCGAACCAACAUACGGAUCAAGAAACGUGGGAUCUAAUUACACAGAAACACAUGCUUCUCGGUCUAGACUUUUAGAUGGAGCUGAUGGACCAAACACCAUUUGUGGUACAGAUAUAGAUUUAAUUCAUCGACGAUCGUUAAAUUCGAGAAUUGAUAAUUCUCCUGUAAGGAUGGGGGUACGCGAAGCUCCUGAUGGAGAAGAAGGAUUAGAACCGCAAGUUCUUACUCCUUCACAACAUUUACCGAAUCAAGUAAUAAGAACAAUGUCAAACAAUAGCUUACCAGACAGUGGAGACACACAUUUAGUAUUCUCUUCUGAAUCGAGAAAUGCUGAGAACAGAGAAUCUGGAGCUAAUAUUUCUUCGGAGAUAAGAAUUCCAGAGUGGAUAUCGAGACCUCGAACACCUCUAUGUGUAGUAUUUAACGAUCGUGCUUUGAUUCAAUUAAACGAGAUUUUAGGAACUAAAAUAAAUGACCAAAAAAUAGCCAUUGAAAAUGUACUUCGCGAGGAUCCUAGAUCGGUAUAUCUGAGACAACGAUGGGGUAGCCAAUUUUAUACUUUCUUAAUUCAUGAUUUACACAUCACUUGUAGAUUCGACGACAGCAGGGGUAUAGUAACAGUUUUUCAAGUCAGACACGCUGGUCGUAUUUGCGAAUGUGGAGAGCCUGAGUGGCAAUGUUUGGGUCAUUCACCACCCUCUUCUUAAACGUACGCAAAUGUGUAUGUAUGUAUGUAUGUAUGUAUGUAUGUAUAUGAAUACGUGCAUAUAAUUUUUAAAUUUGUUGAUUAUAUUGUAAAAGGUGAUAGUGAGAAACUUAAUUUAUAUACCUUUAGGAUAUUUUGUAUGUCAUAUUCACUUUAUUUGUAAAUCAUCGAAUAUUUCGUAUUAGCCUAACAUUUGUUAGUAAAUUAUGAAUAUAUAAUAAAUCAGAAUUCGGGCCUUUUAAAUAAUCAUUAGUAAUUCAAUCAAAAAUAUAAAAAUUAUAAAUACAAAAUUAAUAUGAAAUUCUGUUGUGCAAAUCAAACGUUAAAAAGAUUAUUUUUUACUCAUUUACAAACGAAAUUAUUAUCAUCGUCAUGUGCAAAUAAUUUUUAAAUAAGUUUACUUUCAGUAAACUAGAGACUUCAGCAAUAUACAUUUCAAGAUCUAUUUCGAUGUUUAUUAAACAGAAAAUUACUUUCUACAUAAAAAGUCGAACUUGAUAAAAUAUUCGAUUACAUAACUUUUUUACAUCUUAUAAUUUUUGUACAUUUCGAACUCAUUUAUUGAUAAUUUUACUAAUGGAAACGAUCUUUUCUUUUAAAAUUUUUAAACUUCUUUCUACAUACGUCUAGAAACUAGUCUAAGAUCUUUCGCAAGUGCGUUAUAUAUAUUUAAAAGAUUUUUAAUUUAAGAUGCAUUUAGAUAUCAAGCCUUUAUAAAUCAUGUAAAUUUUGAUGUAUAGGAAUAGAUCAAUUUUUUAUUAUUUUGAUUAUAGAAUAUUUAUUGUAUAAUCUUUCAUGAUUUUUUUGUCGUAAUUAUACUAUCGUAUUUUAUCCUGUUACGAUACAAACGUUCCUAUAUGUUUACUUUUUGUAAAGGAUUAGAAUACAAAAGUUACAUUUCAAAUUCACGCACAAAAUAAAACAUUUGGGAAAGAAUUUAUUCUAAUUUUUAUAGUUCUAAAUAAUUGUUCAUAAAAAAUGUCUAUGUUAUGUAACAUAAUAUUUGUUUCAUUGCAUUAUUUGUUAACUAAAACUAUAAAUACAUAUACAACUCAAGUAUA